CCGCAAUGUAAACCAGCGGAGGGCGCCAUCAGCCAUCACUUGUCGUCUGCUGUUUGUCGCCGUCAGGUUGGCCGUUACGCUGCGGUUGUCUUACAUGGCCGACGUGUUCCGCAAGCUGCCGCUGCUCCUCCUCGUCGUGAUUCUGCUUGUCGUUGUCGUCUUUGUUCACGUGUGCAUAUUGGGGAAGUUGCCUUCACGUACUCGCAGGAAAGGCGGGGCGAGGAAGAGCGUUGCCAUGGACGGGAGGCGGCCGACUCAGAGGACGGUGUCCGCCCCUUAUCCGAGCGACCGGGCUCCGAUCUGUGCCGGUGUAGACAGAAGGGCGGCAGGUCCGUCACCGUACGAAGGACUGUCGCCUAACUUGCAACCGCUGCCCGAUUCGGACGAGGGGGAGGCGGAGGUGGACGUGUCGACGACAGUUCCGCUGGGUAGCGGGUCUACCCAGGAGUGGACGGGUAGCCGGUUGUAUGAUCGCCGUGGGACGAAGUACGGGCAGUCGUUCACUUCCCUCCUUCACGACGGCGCAGAGGAGGAGGAUUGCCUCCCCCCUGUCGAUCUCACAUUUGGCCUCCGGAGCGGGAGCCCGUCUUUUGUCACGCGCACUGUGCUCAUGAACCCUCAUCGCGACGCCGACCCAGGGCAGGUCACAUUCGGCGGCAGGGGCACGAGGGGCGGAGCGGCGGCAGAGGUGACGCGGGUGUGGAAGGAGGCGAGGCAGGAGUUGCAGCGGCAGCAAGAAGAGUCCAUAACGAAAGGUGUGGAGCGUUUACGCGUGGGCGAGCGGAGUGGACAAGCAGACGUGGCUGUUGGGGGGGGUGACGCUUGGGCAAACGCUGCCGAAGUUCAGUGCGACGUAGACGACGACGAUAGCGGCGACGUGUUUCCGUUGCGUGCGCCGAACAUGGGCGGGAGGGGCGGCAGGGGCAGCACUUCGACUAGAGCACAGUUCAAGAAGGUCCACGCUUUCAUGGGCAUGUCGGGGAAGGAGGACUUCUUCCAGUUGACGAGUCAGCAGAGGGCAGAGAAAGGAUUCAACUUCAAUAUGGAUCGAGCUGUGUUCGAGGAGAUCAAAGGGGCGAGGGAGAGGAGCCACACUAUCAGCCCGACCAAUGUUGCAGACACUGGCGGGGCAGGGGGAGUGCAACUCCCAUCUGCACAGUCGGCGACUCCGGAAUCUAUGGAGGAUGGGGAAGCCGCCGGUGAAGGAAACGACGAAGACGACAGCUCAGCACGGGGUGGCUCACAGACGAGUGGUGGCCCGGUCGGGUUCGAGAAGAGGAAGAAUGUGCGGCAGAAGACAUUCAAGGCGUUGUCGGAGUGCAUGGACAAGCAUGGGGCGUUGAUGGCGUCGAGGAUGGAGAGCGCCAGCAGGAGGCAGUGCGAGACGAUGGAGAGCGCGAGCAAGAGGCAAUGCUCCAUCUAGAUUCGGCAGUGCGAAGCUAUCGAAGCGGAGGUGGAGAUCCAGAAACAACACUGUGAUGCCUCCACUGAAGUUAGCAAGCUUAUGUGCCAGGCGC